UCUAACCUAAAAAAUUUUGUAUUUUUAAAUUUUUCUUCAUAUAAUUUCAUUCAUUCAAAAUUUGUAAAUGUUGAGAAGAACCUCCUCAUUAAGAAUUUACUUGAAUUAUUCGAGAAUGUCCUCUUCAAGUUGUAUCGUGUCAGUUUGCCAAUUUACAGCAACCAACGAUAAAACGAAAAAUACCAAAGUUAUCCAGAAUCUCGUACAGGAAUCUGUUAAAAAACAGGCAAAGAUGGUUUUUUUUCCAGAAGCCUGCGACUUUAUAUCGAGAGAUAAAACUGAAUUUAAAAACUUAUCGGAGCCAAUUACGGGGCCUCUUAUGACUUCGUACCAAGAUUUGGCUAAAACAAGUCAGGUUUGGCUUUCCAUAGGCGGAUUUCAUGAGAAAUAUGAUCAAGACACAAUCUACAAUUCCCACGUCAUAAUAAACGACAAAGGCAACAUCGAAGCUGUCUAUAGAAAAAUCCACUUAUUCGACGUUUCUAUUCCAGAACAAAACAUCAAUUUGAAAGAAUCUGAAUUGAACACUGCAGGAUCGCAAAUACUGGCUCCUGUACAAACCCCUAUUGGCCUUCUGGGUCUGUCAAUUUGCUACGAUUUACGAUUUCCCGAACAAAGUACAAUUUUGAGGAAAUUAGGUGCAGACGUACUGACAUAUCCGUCAGCAUUCACUAGUGCAACAGGCAAAGUACAUUGGGAGACUCUAUUGAAAGCUCGGGCAAUUGAAAAUCAAUGUUUUGUCAUUGCAGCAGCUCAGUAUGGUCAGCAUAAUGAAAAGCGAAUUUCAUAUGGACAUUCUAUGAUUGUAGAUCCGUGGGGUCAAAUCCUAGCCGAAUGUCCAAAAUACUCUACCGAAAAACCUUCAGAUGAAAGUUUUGCAGUAGCUACUAUCGAUUUCGAUCAGCUGAAACGAAUCCGGAUGGAAAUGCCCAUCAUGUCGCAUCGUAGAAAUGACAUUUACAGCCUCAAUUUGAUCGAUAGCAAGCGGGAAAUCGAUAAUGAAAAAAACUAUCGAUUUGCUGAUAAAUCAAUACCUGGCAACACUGUAUUCUAUGUAUCCAAGUAUUGCUUUGCUUUUACCAACAUUAGAUGCGUCGUACCUGGGCACGUCCUGAUCUCCACCUUGAGACCAGCCAACAGGUUGCAAGAUUUAUCUGAAGAAGAAACGGCCGAUCUUUUUCAAACUACUGUCAAAGUGUCCCGAGUAAUGGAGUCCGUACAAGGAGCAGAAUCGUCAACGGUGUGCGUGCAAGACGGUAAAUUUGCAGGACAAACUGUGCCGCACGUGCACGUACACGUUUUGCCUAGGAUACAAGGCGAUUUUGCCAACAAUGAUGAUGUUUAUAUGCAUCUGGCUAGUCAUGAUAAAAAGGAGAAUGGUAAUCCGAUUAGGAGUAGAGAGGAACAGAGUGAGGAGGCUGCUCUGUUACGGAAGUAUUUUUAUUAAAAAAAUAUAAUUGUUUGGAUUA